AUGAUGUCAGUCGCCAUCAAUGCGAAUUUUAGGUUACCAAAUGACACCUUCUACAAUGGUGGCCGCAUUGUAUGCUCAUUUAAACCUCUAAAGGACGUCACGACACAAGGAAUGACAAAAGAAGAGUGCAUUGAAGAUCAGCUGGAAAGGGACGAACUGGUCCUCAAGUACGUCAUCAAGCAAGUCGGUGAGAUUUCAAUACGCACUUUAGUGGACUAUGUAAACGACAAGAACGCGUGUACAAUUAAUAUACCACAGGACGCAAUCAACAUAAUCGAUUGUCUCAUCAAAAACAUAAAUAAGACCGAUUAUGUCCUGCUUGGCGGAAAGGCGGCUUAUAUCAAAGAACCACUGAAAGACUACGAAAAUCAAGGUUUUUGGAUUUAUCGUGGAUUCCUUACGAGUUGUCGGCCGCAGUGGAAAGUUCACCGGGCCUUCUUUCCGUCGGGCAAUUUAGCUGACAUCCUCUAUAACAUGUACCGAAAUAAAAUGUAUGAAGCAUCUUUUUGGCCGAAAAUGGCGAAAGAAAUCCAGGACCUUCGUUGUGAGGCCGGCCACUACAAGAAGGAGAAUGGUAUGUCCUACAAGCGACGUCAUACGAUCCGGGGCCUGUCGAAGCAUUCUGCAGAGGAAGAAAUGAUUGAAGACCUAAAAGUUUCCGUUGCCAUGUAUUUUGAUAAAAAGUAUGGUAUCAAACUAAAGUAUCCCGAACUGCCAUGUGUGAAGACGAAGGACAGGGCAGAUUACAUGCCCAUGGAGCUGCUUGAAGUUCUGCCCUAUCAAACCCCCAAGGCUGAUAAAGGUGAUAUCGCCAGCGCGCUUAUCCGAUGUGCCGCUGUGUCUCCACAGGAGCGGUUCAACCAACUCAAGUUUUAUGUUAAUGAGCUUGUCAAGAAGUAA